GGACCUCUUCCACUGUCGUCUUUGCGUCUUUUUGUUCCUCCACUGCGUCUAGUGUCUGCAGCUCUGUGGCAAGUUGUUCAGCGGAGAGACAUAAUGGACUAUGGCUUGGUGGAGGAGUUUGUCACCACUGUGUUGGAGGUAGUUCCUGAUCUGAUGAGUUACAGAGAGCGAGUCCAACUCAUCAUGGGGCUGCGAGCACAGGUGAGAGAUGGGACGGAUGGAAAGGGAGAGGAGGGAUGGGACACUUGUUACAGCACAGGGCAUAUAAUGCAUAAAGUUUCUAACCUUCAGAUUUAAAUUAAUUGAAUUUCAUCAGCUGGUUCUGGAGUUGUGUCAUACAGAUCAGCUAGCUGACCCCAAGACCAUCCAGCCACACCUGAACAGGAUGAGGACCUGUAUCAUCACUCUUAGGAAAAAUGAGGUGAGUGCUGCUACUCAGUGUAAUAUCAAGACUUGUAACUCUGCUGGUGUUGUACAUUGGCCAGUUAAAUUGACAGACUGUGUGUAAUGCUUGCUGUAGACUCCUGAUCCAGAGGUGGAGGCAUCAAAAUCCAACUUCCUGAAGCUGAUUCAAAGCCUGCUGGAAGACCCAGUUAAGAGGGAACACUUCUUCCAGGUCAGUGUUGUCACUGACUGUGUAGUUGAUCAAUUAUUCGGAAAGACGUGGCUUUCUAUCUUUCUUUCACUUGGAGUAGGUUAACAAAAUAGUACUCAAAAGCACAGACAUAGUUCUCUUGUUUAUUUCUUAGAACGUUUUUCUAGAGGAAUUCGGACCCAAGUAUGACUCCACACUGCAGAGUCUGGUGUGGGAGUUCCUGUCUAGGCUGGAGAAGCUGCUUCCAACACCAACCCUUCAUCAGGUACCAUACUAACAUGUUAUUACCAUCAUCAGCCUACUUUCAUGCAUGUUUUUAUACAAAAAAUGCAUGCAUAUGAUAACUUUGUCUAUUGCUCUUCAAAGACAUUCCUCUUUCCAAUAGACUGCAUCAUGGUUCCUACCUGACCACUCUGUUCUAGAGGAGUGCGUGCAGUCAGUGUGUCACCCUGAGUCAUUGAAGACCCUUCUCCAGUACCACAAGCCAUAUAGACAUCUGGACACCAAUGGUAAGAGGUAGACUUAGAAAAUGAAAUAAUGCUAUCCAUUGUAUCUGAAAUGUAUAGUGAGUAUGCUAUAUAUGUUACUUGGAGCUUUUUUGUCGCUGUCAGAUGAAAACCUCUAUCUCCAAAACAGACCAUUUUCAGAAAUUUACAAAAACUGCCAUGAUUUAAUUAACAAACAUACAAUUAUGAAUCUUCAGAAGCUAUUUAGAAUACAUUUUCUUGGUCCUAUAGUUAUGAAAUGUUCAGAGUACAUAGAGGGGAGUUACUGCUUUCAAUACAUGUACAAAAAUGGAGUUACAAGGAUUUCAUCCGACAGCUGGUUGUUUAUUGUGAAUUUCAAAAGUCAUUGAUUUGUGUCCGAAAACUACAAAAUAACGAUCUGGGUUUGUUUGAUAUAUAACAUUUCUAAUGUUUGAUUUGCAUGUUUUGAUAUUGACUUGUCUUUUAUUGUCCUUAGCUCUAUCUUCGAGUGACAACCACAUCCUCUCCUCGCUGUCGCUCCUAGAAACAGUUGAGAUCUUUGAAACAGAGAUCCAAUCAGAACCUAUGCAGGGGUUUAUGAACAUUCAAAGCUCUGCUUCAUCUGACAACGAGUUUGAAAUGAACAGACAUUUUCACCAACCUCAGACUGACAGUGGGCUGAAAAUCCAAGGAAACCAUCACAGCAGCCAACUGGAAGUGCAGGACAGUUCUAGUUUGUCUACUUCCUGUCUGUUCCUUCAGCCCACAGUGCUGCUGCACAGACUUGACAUUACUGAUAUGCUGUUACCUGUCUCCUCUCCGACAUUGAGGAUAAAGAGUGUACCUCAGUAUUCUUUGACGCCUGACCCAUCCUAUACAAUGGGGCAGUGUAACAGAAGCAAGCGUGUGAAAAUGUGCUCCUUAUGUGGGAAGACUUUUAUUGAAGCAGAAGAUUUGAUGGCACACAUGAGAUCUCACACUGAGCAGAGUCCUUACCAGUGUACCCAGUGUUUGCAAAGCUUUGAACAUCAGGAGGACUUACAGAAACAUCAACAGAUUGGGUGUGAGGUGGCACCUCAACCAGAUGCGGACAACAUGUCUACGGCAUCUUUUGAAGAGGAUAACAUGUCUACAACAUCUUUUGAGGAAGGGAUAGAGAUAUCCAAGCCCCAUGGCACUUCACCCCUGAGCCCAAUAACUUCCAAAGUUCGUCCCACUCCAAGACAGUCCUCCAAAUCCAGAACAUGCCACGUGUGUCACAAGACUUUCUAUACUGUAUAUUCAAUGAGAAAGCACCUGAUUUUCAAACAUGAUCAGCUCAUUUACCAGUGCCACGACUGUGGAGAACAUUUCAAGAGAAAGUUUAAUUUGAGGGAACAUAAGGCAGAGUGCCAUCCCACUCUGUCCUCCAAAGCCAGAACAUGCCGUUUGUGUAACAAGACUUUCGGCAGCCCAUAUUUAAUGAGAAAGCACCUCAAAUCCCAACAUGAUCAGCUACCUUACCAGUGCGGUGAUUGUGAAGAAAAUUUUAAGAGGAAAUGUCAUUUGAAGGAGCAUAAAAAAAAGUGCCCCACUAUGUUUUCCUGCCUCAGCUGUGGAGAAAAGUUUGAGGAAAGGUGUAAUUUGAAGGAGCAUAAAAAAGAGUGCUUGGUGGUGAAAAAGCUAUUAUCUUGCUCUCUCUGCAAGAAGACUUUCAUUGAAGCAAGGGGGUUGACAGCACACAUGAGAUCUCAUGAGAAAAGGUCUAAUUUGAAAGAGCAUAAAGCGUGCUUAGCUGCAAAGAGGCUUCACUCUUGCUCGAUGUGUAAUAAAGCAUUCAUUAAAGUACACGAUUUGAAAGCACACUGGAGAUCUCACACUUACCAGUGCAUGCAGUGUUUGCAAAGCUUUGAACAUCAGGAGAACUUACAGAAACAUCUGCAGUAUGUGCGUGAGGAGGCAGCUCAACUAGAAGAGGAUAACACAUUUAGACCAUCUUUUGAGGAGGAGAUAGAGACAUCCCAGCCCCACAACACUUCCAAUGUUUGUCGCAAUCAAAGAUACUCUUUCAGAGCCAGAACAUGCCGUCUGUGUCACAAGACUUUCAACAGUAUAGCUUUAAUGCGAACGCACCUGAAUUCCAAACAUGCUCAGCUCCCUUACCAAUGCCUCCACUGUGGAGAAAAUUUCAAGAAGAAGAUUAAUUUGAAAGAACAUAGGAAAGAGCGCCAUCCCACUUCAAGUCUCCAACCCAAGGAGUCCAUCAAAGCCAGAACAUGCCGCUUGUGUCACAAUACUUUUGACAGUACAUUUUUUAUGAGAAAGCACCUCAAAUCCCAACAUGGUCAGCUCCCUUACCAGUGCCUGGGCUGUGGAGAAAAUUUCAUAAAGAACUCUCAUUUGAGGGAGCAUAAAAAAGAGUGUUUUCAGAGACCACAGCAAGACUUGAGGGAGUCAAGUGAGGGAGUCGAUCCAAACCAGCACCCAAGGGAUGUUAAUGUUGCAGAUGGCAGCAGCUCUCUGGCAACAAGGGAGAUUGAGACAGAGAUUCCG